AAAGUUUUUAAUAAAGUUAUAAAAGAAAUUAAAAAAGGCCUCACUCUCACUUUCUAAAAUAGUUUCUGUCCCCAACCUCAGUGGGUGGUUCUUCCUACCCUCUCUACCCAUACACACUAAUCGUGUGUUGUUUUCUUUCAUUUCAUAUACUUUCAUUCUUCACACUCUUUACUCAUUUUUCUUCCAUUACCCUAAAAAUGCGUUUCCUUCUUCUCCUUUUCUUUCUCUUCCAUUUCCACUACCACCAUGUUCUCUCUGCAUCUGCACCAAUCUCAGAAUACCGUGCACUUCUCUCUUUCCGUCAAUCAAUUACCGAUUCUACCCCUCCUUCACUCUCUUCAUGGAACACUAACACCACACACUGCACGUGGUUCGGUGUUACAUGCAACACGCGCCGCCAUGUCACCGCCGUUAACCUCACCGGACUUGACCUCUCCGGCACACUCUCUGACGAGCUCUCUCAUCUCCCAUUUCUCACUAACCUCUCGUUAGCUGACAACAAAUUCUCCGGCCAAAUCCCGCCGUCGCUCUCCGCCGUCACUAACCUCCGUCUCCUCAACCUCUCCAACAAUGUCUUCAACGGAACUUUCCCUUCCGAGCUUUCUCUUCUCAAAAACCUUGAAGUUCUUGAUCUCUACAACAACAACAUGACCGGAACUCUUCCUCUCGCCGUAACGGAGUUACCAAAUCUCCGUCAUCUUCAUCUCGGAGGUAACUACUUAACCGGCCAGAUCCCGCCGGAGUAUGGUUCAUGGCAGCAUUUACAGUACUUAGCAGUUUCCGGUAACGAACUCGACGGAACAAUUCCACCGGAGAUCGGAAACUUAACAAGUCUCCGGGAGCUUUACAUCGGAUACUUCAACGAGUACACCGGCGGCAUUCCGCCGCAAAUCGGAAACUUAACAGAACUCAUCCGUCUCGACGCGGCGUACUGUGGUUUAUCCGGUGAGAUACCACAUGAAAUCGGUAAACUUCAAAACCUAGAUACACUGUUUCUUCAGGUGAAUGCACUUUCAGGCUCUUUAACAUGGGAACUUGGAAAUUUGAAGAGCUUAAAAUCAAUGGAUUUGUCUAAUAACAUGUUAACCGGUGAGAUUCCGACGAGUUUCGGUGAACUGAAGAAUUUAACACUUUUGAAUUUGUUCAGAAACAAGCUUCAUGGUGCUAUACCGGAGUUUAUCGGUGAUAUGCCGGCGUUGGAGGUUAUUCAGUUAUGGGAGAAUAACUUCACCGGUAAUAUUCCGAUGAGUUUGGGAACAAAUGGAAAAUUGUCUCUUUUGGACAUUUCAUCAAACAAGUUAACUGGAACACUUCCACCUUAUUUGUGUUCUGGGAAUAUGCUUCAAACUUUGAUAACUCUUGGGAAUUUUUUGUUCGGUCCAAUUCCUGAAUCUCUUGGUGGUUGUGAAUCAUUGACUCGGAUUCGAAUGGGUGAAAAUUUUUUCAAUGGUUCAAUUCCUAAGGGUUUGUUUGGAUUACCAAAAUUGAGUCAGGUUGAGCUUCAAGAUAAUUAUUUAUCUGGAAAUUUUCCUGAGACUCAUUCUGUUUCUGUUAAUCUUGGUCAGAUUACUUUGUCGAAUAAUCAACUCUCAGGUCCUUUGCCUCCUUCUAUUGGGAAUUUUUCGGGCGUGCAGAAGCUUCUGCUUGAUGGUAACAUGUUUGAGGGUAAAAUUCCAUCUCAGAUUGGAAGGUUGCAACAGCUUUCAAAGAUUGAUUUUAGUCAUAACAGGUUUUCUGGUCCGAUUGCACCGGAGAUUAGUAAAUGCAAGCUGUUAACUUUUGUUGAUCUUAGUCGAAAUGAGUUAUCUGGGAUUAUCCCUAAUGAGAUAACUCAUAUGAAGAUAUUGAAUUACUUCAAUAUUUCUAGAAAUCAUUUGGUUGGUAGUAUUCCGGGUUCUAUAGCGUCGAUGCAGAGUUUAACUUCUGUUGAUUUUUCGUAUAAUAAUCUAUCUGGUUUGGUUCCUGGCACUGGUCAAUUUAGUUACUUUAACUAUACGUCUUUCUUGGGAAACCCUGAUCUAUGUGGACCUUAUUUGGGUGCUUGUAAAGAUGGUGUUCUUGAUGGUCCUAACCAACUUCAUCAUGUUAAGGGUCAUCUUUCUUCUACUGUGAAGCUGUUGCUUGUUAUUGGGUUGCUUGCAUGUUCGAUUGUGUUUGCUAUUGCAGCAAUAAUCAAGGCUCGGUCUUUGAAGAAGGCUAGUGAGGCUCGUGCAUGGAAAUUGACUUCAUUCCAACGUUUGGAAUUCACUGCUGACGAUGUUUUAGAUUCCUUGAAGGAGGAUAACAUCAUAGGAAAAGGAGGUGCUGGCAUUGUCUACAAAGGGGCAAUGCCGAAUGGGGAACUUGUUGCUGUUAAAAGGCUUCCGGUUAUGAGCAGAGGCUCUUCUCAUGAUCAUGGAUUCAAUGCUGAGAUUCAGACACUGGGGAGAAUUAGACAUAGGCACAUUGUUAGGUUGUUGGGUUUCUGUUCAAACCAUGAGACAAAUCUUUUGGUUUAUGAGUACAUGCCUAAUGGAAGUUUAGGCGAAGUUCUCCAUGGAAAGAAAGGCGGUCAUUUGUAUUGGGAUACAAGGUAUAAAAUUGCUGUGGAGGCUGCAAAGGGACUUUGCUAUCUACACCAUGAUUGUUCCCCGCUUAUUGUUCAUCGAGAUGUGAAAUCAAACAACAUCCUUCUUGAUUCUAAUUAUGAAGCCCAUGUUGCUGAUUUUGGACUUGCCAAGUUCUUGCAAGAUUCUGGAACAUCUGAAUGCAUGUCUGCUAUUGCUGGUUCAUAUGGAUACAUAGCUCCAGAGUAUGCCUAUACAUUGAAAGUUGAUGAGAAAAGCGAUGUAUACAGCUUCGGUGUUGUUCUUUUAGAGCUUGUAACUGGAAGGAAACCAGUUGGAGAAUUUGGCGACGGGGUGGACAUUGUGCAAUGGGUCAGAAAAAUGACAGAUUCCAACAAGGAAGGAGUUCUAAAAGUUCUUGAUCCAAGACUUUCCUCAGUUCCUCUCCAGGAGGUCAUGCAUGUUUUCUAUGUAGCCAUUCUGUGUGUUGAAGAACAAGCAGUAGAAAGGCCAACUAUGCGCGAAGUUGUUCAAAUUCUGACUGAGCUUCCGAAGUCAACCGAGUCUAAACUAGGAGACUCAACAAUUACAGAAUCGUCUUUGUCAUCAUCAAAUGCUUUAGAAUCUCCAACUGCAGCCUCUAAGGAUCAUCAACAUCCUCCUCAAUCACCACCGCCGGAUCUCCUAAGCAUUUGAAGUGAUGUGUCGGUUUAGUUUGGGGUGUUUUCAACUUAAUUUCCUUUGUUUGUGAUAGCUUAUAGCUUAUGCAUUUACUUUUCUCCUUUUUUAUUUGGGGUUGGGGUUUCUAACUUUAAUGUUUGGAUUUUUCAAAAGGGUUUUGUACAGUUGGAUUGGUUGUAGGAAAAAGGGGGGUGUUUUUUUUAUUAUGAAGUCGUUAUCUACAUCUAGCACUGCUUUUAAUUAUUGUAAUAUGGCUGUUGUUAUUCUGAGACUGAGGCUACACAGAGGAGCAAUGUAAACAUCAAGGAUAGCCUUGGUUUCCUAUGGGAUCAGUGACAGGUAUAGUGAGAGGGACACACAAUAACACACAAAUUGAGGUUGGGUAAUGUGACUGGUAAAAACUGAGUGGGUAGGUGCAGAAUGAGCUGUGAGCCUGUGAUCAUUGCAUAGAGGCUCAUGUUGAAGAUAUAUUAGUUGAGUCAUUCAUUAGUAUGAAAAUGAAAUGAAAUGAAAUGUGGCUUUAUGCCUUUAUGGA